AUGACUCAAAACAAGAUUCUCUAUUCUGCAAAGCUCGACGAGAACAUGCGAAGAUCAGCCUACUUCGAAACAAACAAGAGAACCGUCAAAUCAAACAUCAUGCUGAAGUUUGUGAUGAAAGCAAUGGAUAUCAAGCUUCGAGGUGAAGCCGAUUUCACGACUACUCUUGAAGAUCCAAUUGAACUCUUGCAACAUAUUGAACGAUUCAUGAAGAGGAGUGCUGAUGCUGAGUAUGACUUCUUGGAUUUCUGGGAGGCCAAUCAAAAGUUCUUUGCUAUGAAGCAGGGAACAACAGAAAACUUGAUGCAUUUCAAGGAACAAUUCUUGAGACAGGCUGAAGUCCUGCAAGAUCUAUAUGGCGUUGCCUGGUUCCGAAAUUUUGCAGUCAAAACAAAAGCGUAUGCUGCUAUUGCUAGCACCGAUACUACUGCUAGAGACAAGUUCAAGGAUGAUAUCUUUGAAGCCGUUCUUGCAACAGGAUUCCUGUGCAACUGUAAUCGAAUGAGAACAGCUCCUCUGAUGCUGGAUCUUCAGACAAACUACUGCAGGGAAGUGGAUUAUUAUCCAAAGACGGUCAGUAAAGCACAAGCUAUGUUGAAGAUUCACAUGGAUGUGACCAAGAAUCCGGGAGUGAACCUUUACCAAGGAAAAGACCAGCCAACUAAAGGUAGAGGUAAAGGUAAACCAAAGGACGAUAAGAAAAAAGGUAGCAUGUUAUGUAUGUGGCAAAGAGGACCAUAUGUCUCCAAAAUGCCCAGACAGACUGUACCAGAGAUUCAAUGGAAGCAUCCGAAACACUAUUUUGUUUAUGGAAAGAAGCUCAAUCUUAAUCAGAUUGGAGCAACUAUCCCAGCUACAGCUACAGUUCCUGGACCUUCUCCAGCGACCAGUAUUAUAACAGGUGGAACAUCAAGUGUUGCGGGAAGCGUUAACACACCUUUGCGACUUACUGGUACUACAGGUAAUCAGAUGAUGCAAGUUCCUGCGGGAAUGCAGCUCAUGCAGAUACCAACUCAAGGUGACGGCACUGUGACUGUCCCUUACUUAAUGAAUGCUAACGGUGAGAUUGCGUUCAGUGGAAUGCAACUCAGCCAACAAGGCUUCUGUGGUGCUCAAGUGCGCCAAGGAUUCGAUGCAACUCAAGCUCGAAUUCCGCAAGUUGUGAAGACUGGUUAUUAUGAUAUGUCAAAUGUCUUUCACGAUGCUGUCAAGGGAAAGGAUGAGAAUGGCAAUGAUGUCUAUCUUAUUCCAUGUCCUGCUGGAACGACAAACGUCGAACUUCAAUCCGACUGGCACUAUGCUAGUAAAAGUGAAGACUUGCCAGAUCUUGCUACUAAAGCAGAUCGAGGUAUGCAGUUUAUUCAAAGCCACAGAAUUGAAAGAGAUCCGUUUGGUUUGCUUGAUCACGUCAUCAUGGACAGUGGUUGCACCAACACCACCAUUUGUAAUGGUGAACUCAUGCAUGGACUAUGUCAAGCUGAGAAAGAGCUCGAUAUGCACACUAACAUGGGCAGCAGAGUUCUUGAUGAAGAAGGGUUUCUAGGAAGAUUUCCGCCUCCAGUCUAUUAUGAUGAAGACAGAAUUGCCAAUGUACUUGCUAUGUGCGAGAUGAUUGCUGCGGGAUACCGCAUUACCAUGGACACUGAUUUUGACAAUGCCUUUGUUGUGCAUUGCAAUGGAGACAGACAGAUGCGAUUUGUGAAUCGUAAGGGUGUAUAUGUGUUGGAGCAACUUGGAGCGGAUGUUGAACCAGGUGCCACAGAGACAAGUGCGAUGUAUCGUCGCCAGUUAAGCAGCAUAAAUAAACAACCCCAUUUCGAACUUUCUUCAAACAAACAGAAUGGAUAUGCUGGACUCGGGAUGACUGCGAAGAUGGCAAUGGUUCGAAAGAACAAGGAAGGAUUCACUCCAAGACAAGUUAAGGCUGCGAUGGAAGCGAGAAGUGCGAUGCACAUACUCAAUGCUCCAAGCACCAAAAGUCUGAAGUAUGCGAUCCGAUCUGGUCUCAUCAAGGACUGUCCUAUCACUGAAGAAGCGACCAACCAUGCUGGAGCGAUCUUUGGACCUGACACAUCUACAUUGAAAGGCAAGUCAACAAGACCAACUCCCAAGAAGACACACAAUGACUUCUUCAGUCCACCAGAGGAAUUGUAUCAACAUAAUCGAACAAUUACCGUCUGUAUUGAUCACAUGGAGAUCGGAGAUGCUAAGUUUCUCACCUGCAUUGAUACCACUGUGCGUUAUCGCUCAUGUAUUCCCAUGCAGAACCUGAAGACUGACCCUGUAUAUGAAGCAUUGGAUAAGAUAUUCCGCCGCUACAAUAAGGCAGGCUUUCAUGUCAAGACGAUCAAGUGUGAUCGGGCAUUCAUCCCUCUGACGGAUGAUAUGCUAGAUGAUAUGGGUAUUACUAUUGACCCGACUGCAGCUGGAGACCACGAGCCUACAGCUGAGCAAAACAAUCGAACCCUGAAAGAAAGAGUUAGAGUAGCUCUUGCACGGUUACCCUACAAAGUGGUCCCAAAGGUGAUCACUGAAUGUCUUGGACGUCGAGCCGCCAAGCUAUUGAAUGUCUUUCCCCAGAAAGACAGUAUUUCUUCACAUUUCAGUCCGCAGCAACUCAUUGAUAAUGUCAAUAUCAACUACAAGAGCAACAUGGUUGCUGAGCUUGGACAGUAUGUUCAUGCAAUUGGGACGGAUUCCAGCAAUUCAAUGGAACCACGAAGUAUUGAAGCGAUCUACAUUGAACCUACAAAGGGACAACUAAUCCAGCGUGUUGAAGCUUGGGCUGCUGCCAAAGGUGUUACCUCUAUGAAGUUCUUUGAUAAGAAGAGAGAUUUGGAGACAUUUCAAGAUGGCGAUCAAAUCGCAGGAGUGGAUGACACGGAACAAGGUUACUUAGAAGAAGCCUUCGAUCAGGACUAUGAACCUGAAGAUGAAAAUGCACGUGAUUUCAAUCUACGUGGACAAUUCGAUGAUAUCAAUGACUCCGAAAGAAAUGAGCUCUUGGCAGAUGCAGACAAUGAUGUCGAUGAUAUGCCGGAAGUCAUUGUCAGAUUCCAAAGGGAUGAUGACUAUGAAUCAGAUGACGACGAUUCAGGUGAUGAAGGCGAUGAAGAGGAAGAACCUAUUGUGGCCGAUUUGGAUCACCAUCAAGAAAGUCAAUAG